CUCAAUCUCUCUUGGCAACUAUCCUGUCGUGUGUUAUACUAUGAGGGCGCUGGCAGUGUUGACUCUUGCGGCCGCGGCCAUCCCGCUCAAUGCCCAGUUCGGCAUGCCGCCCAAGCCAAAGAGCGACCCAGUCAAAGGCGACCUGGCCGCAAUAAAGUGCGGGGUCUGCCAAGGCCUGGCGGAGCACCUUUACGAGAAGGUGGCGGAGAUGCGGGAGGCGGCGCCUUUCGGAAAGGUUCAUGAAGACGAUAUCUCGACGGUGAUAGAGGGAGCCUGCGACCCCGCAACUAAGGAGGGUCGAUGGAUCACGGAGUACGACAUCGUGGAGGAGGGGGGAUAUCUCGAGUUGAAGAAGCAGGACAGCUUUUCCCACUGCAAGGAAGAGUGCGAGACCAUUGCCAAGAGCUGCACGGUGCUGGUGGAUGACGAGUUGGACGUUGAGGAGGUGGUGGUGGCACUAUGGAAGAACAAGCUGGGAUUAUCGGAGCUUCAAAAGGCAGCUUGCGGGGAGUGGAGCGAUCGGUGCUCGGGGAAGAAGCGCGUGAAGGCCCCGAAGGACCGCCAGGAUUACGAGUUCGAACCGAAGACGGCGAAGGACUUCGAGGUGGCGGAGGCGAUGGAGAGGCUGCAGAACUCAAUGGGCGGGAUGGGUGGGCCGGGAAUCUACGGCCCGGAUGAUCUCGCUGCGAUGGACGCGAUGAUGUCGCAGAUGGGCGACAUGGGUCAAGACCCAUUCGCGGACGACUUUGACAUGGGGGGAAUGGGCGGCAUGGAGUUCUGA